CGGCGCUGGGCUCGGGCGCGGAAGCCCGCGCAGGCGGCGGGGAGCGGCCCCACGGGCGGUGAGUGAAGCUGCCAGAAGCUCUGUGUUGCUGGAUGGUUGAAAUCUUGCAGAGCAGCAUUGGUGAAGCAGCAGAGCAGGAGCCAUGUCUCUGCCCUUCCGAAAAGAGCUGGAGAAAUAUAAGAAUAUCAAUGAAGAUGAAAUACUCAGCAAACUCUCAGAGGAUGAACUGAAACAGCUAGAGCAUGUUCUUGAUGACCUUGAUCCUGAGAACGCGUUGCUCCCUGCGGGGUUCCGGCAGAAGGACCAAACCACCAAGGCUGCCACGGGCCCUUUCGACAGGGAGCGGCUCCUCUCCUACCUGGAGAAGCAAGCGCUGGAGCACAAGGACAGAGAAGACUUCGUGCCAUUUACAGGGGAAAAGAAAGGAAAAAUAUUUAUCCCUAAAGAAAAGCCCAUAGAAACCCAUACAGAAGAGAAAGUGACCCUGGAUCCAGAACUAGAAGAAGCCCUGGCCAGUGCUUCAGCUACCGAGCUCUAUGACCUUGCAGCUGUCCUUGGAGUGCACAAUAUGGUCAACAAUCCAAAAUUUGAUGAAGGAGGAGCCCGCAGUAAGGAUGGAAAAGGAACUGUGAGAAAUGUGGUGAAAGGUGAGAAGGUCAAGCCCAUCUUUGAGGAGCCACCUAAUCCGACCAACGUGGAAGGAAGUCUACAAAGGAUAAAAGCAAAUGAUCCCAGUCUUACAGAAAUUAAUCUCAACAACAUAAAGAAUAUUCCUAUUCCAACACUGAAAGAAUUUGCAAAAGCUUUGGAAAGCAACACACACGUGAAGACAUUCAGCCUUGCAGCUACUCGAAGCAAUGACCCUGUGGCUAUUGCAUUUGCAGAUAUGUUGAAAGUGAACAAAACACUGAAGAGUCUGAAUGUAGAAUCCAACUUCAUCACUGGGACGGGUAUUUUGGCACUGAUUGAUGCACUGAAAGAGAAUGAAUCCCUGACAGAGAUUAAGAUUGACAACCAGAGGCAGCAGCUGGGGACAGCUGUAGAGAUGGAGAUUGCCAAGAUGCUGGAGGAGAACUCCAGGAUCCUCAAGUUUGGAUACCAGUUCACAAAGCAAGGCCCAAGAACCAGGGUAGCAGCAGCUAUCACUAAAAACAACGAUCUGGUUCGUAAAAAGCGAGUGGAAGGAGAGCGGCAGUAGCCACACCAGAGAGGAAGCAAAGCAAGACUGGAGGCCACCACCA